AUGUUUCCAUGUGCGGAAAGACCAAUGCUGCCAGACGACGUUACGACAAUCAACUAUGCCUUGGACUGGCCACAUCUACACAACCCCAGCAAUACCACAUUUGCAGGACUGACACAGAUUGACAUUUGCCAUUGCCAAAGAACAGACCUCUCUCCGCAAAAAGACACGGAACCAGGCCAUAUAUACACCCGAUUCAAGUGCGUAGAACCGGAGGUUCGCUUCAAGACGACGAAAGAAGACCUAUGGGUGUUGGAAGCCCCCCAUGGACCCAUCAACAUGCUACGGCCGGCUACAGAGCAAGAAAAAGCCCAGCGCAGCCAAAUUCACCCUGAUGCAGAUCCGUCCGUGUACCAAGACCGGAGGUUUCUUCUCUUAACGGGGCCCUGCCCCCGCGGACGAUACCAGGCGUACGCCACACGAAAGUGGCUGGAAACAUUGACUCCCGAUGCCCGAAAACACAUUUCAUGUCUAUGUCUGCUCAUCCAGCCUUACGAGGAAGACUCUUCUGUCGAAGCUACCCGAAGAGCAUACAUAGACCUUACCGAUUAUCUCAUACGAUAUGCCCCGGGAUUUGAAAAACUCUACCUUUUUGUUUGUCCAAAUGGAAUGCAAUUAUGCAGCGCAGCAAGCGAGUUCGGCAUGCUCCUUCACGGCAGAGACGUCAAGAUCAUAGUAGUCGUCGAU